GCGCUCCGAGAGAUUUAGUGCUAUAUAAAUCAAGGCGUUUUGAUGACACGUGAGAGAAGAGAAGGAUUUAUAUUGGCACCUGGUGCAGAAGAUUAGGAGGCCAUAAAAUCUGGGGAAGAUGUCACUUUAAAUAGAGGGAACUACCUCUCCUCCACCCCUUUCGCUCCGGCGCGGGAGGGUUGGGUUGGACUCGCCUGCCUGCCUGACAGACGCUGGUUAACGGCGAACGCCACCAUGUUACCUCGCCUCGGCUGCCUUCUGCUGAGCGUCGCCCCGUUCGCCGUGGCUCUGGCCGCCGCGCUCGACUUCCAGCAUCACCGCUACGACGCGCUGGUUCGGGCGCUGCUCGGGGUGCAGAGGGACUGCCCGUUCAUCAGCCGGGUGUACAGCAUCGGGCGCAGCCUGCAGGGCCGGCACCUGUACGUGAUAGAGCUCAGCGACCACCCGGGCGUCCAUGAGCCCCUGGAGCCAGAGUUUAAGUACGUUGGGAAUAUGCACGGUAACGAGGUGCUGGGACGGGAGCUGCUGAUCCAUUUGGCGCAGUACCUGUGUGACGAGUACAAGCAGAGGAAUCCGCGCAUUACCAACCUGAUCCACGAAACCCGCAUUCACAUCCUACCCUCCAUGAACCCCGACGGGUACGAGGUGGCCGCUGAUCAGGGACCAGUGAUGAACUCGUUCAUCACCGGACGAGCAAAUGCCCGUGGGGUCGACCUCAACCGCAACUUUCCUGACCUGCACCUGGUCAUGCAGAAGCUGGAGGGCAGGAACCACCACAUCCCGCUUGACAGCAACUGGGAGCAGCAGGUGGAGCGGGAGACGUACGCCAUCAUCCGCUGGCUGCAGAGCUAUAACUUCAUUCUAUCCGCCAAUCUGCACGGAGGAGCCGUGGUGGCGAACUACCCCUUCGAUAAGGCCCAGGGACAGGCUGGACACAGGCUAUACAGGCCCAGCAUCUCCAGCACUCCUGAUCAUGAGCUCUUCCAGAAGCUUGCCCGCAUCUACUCCUUUGCCCAUGGGUGGAUGCACAGUGGGACCAACUGUGGAGAUUACUUUCCCGAUGGGAUUACCAAUGGAGCCAGCUGGUACUCGCUUGCAAGAGGAAUGCAAGACUUCAAUUACCUCCACACCAACUGCUUUGAGAUCACACUGGAACUCAGCUGCAAGAAGUUCCCGCCGGCGAAUGAGCUUCAGCGGGAAUGGUACGGGAAUCGUGAAGCACUGCUAGCCUACAUCGAAGAGGUUCACAAGGGAAUUAAAGGAAUGGUUUUGGAUGAAAAUAACAACGGAAUUGCUGAUGCUGUCAUCUCAGUUUUUGGCAUCAAUCAUGAUGUCACCACAGGUGUGGACGGGGACUAUUUCCGGUUGCUGUUACCGGGGGAGUAUAUCGUCACAGCGUCAGCAGCUGGUUACAGGAGCCAGGCAGUUCACAUCAACGUUAAUGACAAUGGACCCAUUCGGCUGGACUUCCGACUGGUGCCCAAGGUUUCCGUGCCCUCCACCAGCAUGCCCACCCUCCCACCACAACAGAAUGUCACUGGUCAAGUGCCCCAUCGCAGGGUCGGGCCAAGAACAGCCAGGAAGAUACCGAAGCAUCACAAGCAGCAAAGGCACCGGAAACGGAGGGACUGAGGAGCAUUUCACCCCCUAUUUCCCCCUCCCUCCCACUUCCUUCUCUUGCCUUCCCUCUCCCUUCCCUCCCUCCCUCUCUCUUUGCCAUCCCCUUUCUCCUACUCCUUUCUUCCCUUUGUCCAUCUCUUCUCACCCACUCCCUCUCUUCUCACCCCCUCCGUCCUUGUGUCUCUUUCCAUCCAUCUUCCUUUCCUCCUCCUUCCUUGACUCUACUUCCAAACCAAAUACUUUUCGCUCGUUCAUCUCAGUCCUCCAUGUGAGAGGGAAGAUUUCGGGGUUGGGAUUCUGGGAGGAGCCAGAUGAAGCUACCUUUUUGUGAGAUGACACUUUUUUUGUAAGAAAGAUGAAGCAACAUGGACAAAUCUGUGCCUUGGUGAACCAAAUCAGACCAAAGAUCUUUUACCUUUAAAAUCAUAUUUUCAGUGCAUGUUUUUUUUAAACACAUUUAAUAUUUUGCUUUUACUUAAAUUGUCUGAUUUCAACUAAUCUGCUCCCGCUGUUGGUUGACCAGUAUGUCAGUCAUUUUGACGUAUGGUCUGCCCAUGACCAAUCAGAGAGCCAAUCACUUUUUUGUUAACCAAUGGGAUGAUUGGUUAUGGUGUCAAACAACCCAUGUUUCCAAAUGUCCAAGUAUUUUUGUAGUCAGAUAAAAAAUGUUUAAUAAACUAUGAA